CACGCUGUCUAGAAGACACGGGAAGCAUCUGCAGAAGUUCUUAAGAAAGCCACUGUUGGGGGUCUAAGCAGGAGGCUCAUCCUGUAAUCCACCCCCCAGGGAAGCUGCAGGAAGGGAGCUGGACCAGCUCAGUUCCAUUUCCAGGUUCUGAAUCCCACUCCGGUUCAUGUCCAUGCCCCAGCAGAACGCACACAACCUGAUCUCAGAGUGCAGGGAGUUCUGACCUUCGCACUGCAGGCGGCCCCUGGAUCCUCCAGCUCUCAGCCUGGCACCCUGCCUGCCGAUCACCCAGCAGCUAGGCCCUGCUCAAAGCCAAGUCUGGAAAUGACAGCUUGCCCUGAGACCAACCGCUCUCUGCUCUCUGGUCUCUGCCUGAGCCAACUCUCCAGACAGCGUGGGACAGCAGCCUCCUCCUCAUCCUGUCUUGUCCUGUCCUGUCCUGUCCGGUCCGGUCUCAGCAGUGGCCUCCCAUUCCUGGGGUUCCAUUGUUGAAGGUCCAGCUGAGUCCACACCAUGUUCGUGUGUAGGUAUUACUGUCCCUGCGUAAGAAGGACUCCUGUCCACCUUUCUGACUGCCCUGUGGCUCGGGGCCCCAUGCUGUCCCCAUGUCCACACACCCUAGAUGAGCUCAAAACCUGCUUGUUGUCAGUGCCCUGUUCCCCAGAAGGAACCACACAGGGAGGGAGUGCAUCAUGCAGAUUCCCUUGCUGUCAUUCUUCAGCUCAGACUUCCAAGGCUUUAAACUAGAGGGGUGAGUAAGACAAGCAACAGCGCCUCCUGUGGACGGGCUGCGAGGAGAGGGCCACUGCAGCUGUUGGGCCUUCGGUUCCUCCAGAUGGUCACUGGGAUGUAGCGCUGGGGGCCCCAAGACUGGAGUGGCAGAGUGGGGAGGGCAGGGCUGCUGUCCCAGGGAGGACCACAGCUAGCUCCUUCGCACUGGACCCUCCUUCCCAACCCACUCCUACCCCUGUGUAAACAGUGCUCGGUGGCAUCCUGGUCACCCUCAGAGUCCUUGGGGAAAGACAGUCACAGGCUCUGCACUGGGGUGUGGGGAGGCAGCUUCGGCACAACUCAACCUCCUGGCUUCCUUCCGUCUCUUCCAGAAGCACCCAGCUCUUCCCCCAGAGUAACCCCCUCUCAGUCCCUUUGGGGUGCCAGAAGCAACCCCAGAGACUGGAGUUGUGGCCGUAACUAGGGAUGAGUAACUUCAAAAUCCCAUUUCCAUCCAAGCUUCCCCUGCCCUGCCCCACUCCCACCCCAAAGGAUUUUCAUUAAAUUUAACUUUGAGGCAGAGUCUUGCACUUGCAGUCCUACUGCCUCAGCCUCCCAGCCAGCCCGGACUACACACAAGAGUGUGCCGCCUGGCUGGCCUGCUGUCAGCAGGUCUUCACUGGGCAGUCCUGCACUAAUCGCACGGCUGCUCCCUGGGCACCUCGGGAUCCAAGAACUCUGCACACAACACAGCUGGCCUGGCUAGGAGCAACGCGGAGUAGCUGUUCACUCUUCAACAGGAUCUUCAGAUACAGCUAAUUUUUUUCCAGUGUGGGUAAUUUUACUUUAGUGAAAUUGCCACUAAAAUAGUGAACAAGCAUACAGUUGCUAAAAACUACUCGGAAACCCAUAGGGAUGUGAAACGAAUGGAAUUUCCAAAGGAGCCAAGUGUGGUUUGAGUUUAGACAGAUGAGGGCCAUAGCCAGCCAUUGGCCCGACCUGGGGGCCACAACAAGGACGGGCUUGCCUUCCCAAACCGACUUCACCGGACAGCACUCGCACUCCGGGGGCGGGCGGCAGUCUCAGCCUGGUCUCCCGCCCUCUGACCCCACUGGGGAAUGCAUGGCGACCACGGCAGAACUGCCCCCAGGUCCCAGCUCUGCACGGAGCAUGGAGACAUCUGAGGUCAGCUCCCGGACCGUCCACACCUCAGAUGCCGGCCCUGAGCUGCCCAGCGGACCCCGAGUACAGCGCCUUCCUGCUCAGACCCGAGCGGAGCCACGUGGACGCCAGGAGUCGCCGCCUAACAAAGCGCCCGGCCACAAAGGAAGCGCCCUACCCGGUACAGACAUCGCCGCGGGAAGGCGCCAGGACAGGAGCGCAGGCGACGGUGUCCGAGGGCCGCAGGAUUCCCGAACCACCUCCCACCCGGGCAGCAGAGCAGAGCCGGGACCGCGAUCCGUUAGGAGGGUCCGGCCGGUAGGCACCGGGCUGCGGCGGCUACCUUCGCGGGGCCGGGGAAGCGAACGAGCUCGGACCCAGGCGGGGCACCGAGUGGCCGCCGGCCCCGGGCCUCCUUCGGCGAGAAGAAAUCAACAGAACGGACGGCUGCGCCCCAACACUCACUGCGCGACUGGUUGCUGGCUGCUGGCCUCGAAGGCAGAGACCCGGGGCCGGGUCGCGAGAGUCGGGGCUGGGAGAGUCGGAGCCGCGGGCACUGCUCGGGGCCUGCUCCCGAGGGCGAGCGGAGACCUCCAGAGCCGCUCGGGAUCGGAGCGCGCAGCUUUUAAAAGUUUCAGGCACUGA